UGACCACCUCCGCCCCCCCCUGUCAGCUGUGGAUCAGCACCAUCCGGCCUCCUCAUCCUCCAGAGCUCCGCGCAGGGACCAGAUCAGACAAGACCACCUCACAGGCAGGAGACACCCCGGGACCAGGACCAGCUCUACACCUCCUCCUCCAUCAUGGCGCUCACCAACGACCCCAACUACCGGAAGCUGGAGCAGUGGUACCGAGACCACGCAGGGAGCCUCAACAUGAGGGACAUGUUCGAGUCCGACAAGGACAGGUUCAGCAAGUUCAGCACGACUCUGCAGACAGACGAUGGAGACAUCCUGCUCGACUACUCCAAAAACCUCAUCAACCAGGAAGUGAUGUCCAUGCUGCUUGCCAUGGCCAAGUCGAGGGGGGUGGAGGAGGCCCGGGAGAAGAUGUUCUCUGGAGAGAAGAUCAACUUCACUGAGGGUCGUGCGGUGCUCCACAUCGCUCUGCGUAAUCGCUCCAACACGCCGAUCAGCGUGGACGGUAAAGACGUGAUGCCGGAGGUGAACCGAGUUCUGGACAAGAUGAAGGCGUUCUGUCAGAGAGUGCGCAGCGGCGAGUGGAAAGGCUUCAGCGGGAAGAGCAUCACUGACGUGGUGAACAUCGGCAUCGGGGGCUCUGACCUGGGCCCUCUGAUGGUGACGGAGGCUCUGAAGCCGUACUCGGUGGGCGGUCCCAACGUCUGGUUCGUCUCCAACAUCGACGGGACUCACAUGGCGAAGACUCUCGCUCAGCUGAACCCAGAGACCACGCUCUUCAUCAUCGCCUCCAAGACCUUCACCACGCAGGAGACUAUCACCAACGCAGAGUCUGCCAGAGACUGGUUCCUGAAGACCGCCAAAGAUGUGAGUCACUGAUCCGUCUGAUGAACCCGA